AUGCAGAAAAGCACCAGCUUCUCUCUUGCCUUGCCCAAGGGCGGUUACACAACGGGACCGCCCGCUCCAACACGGGCCGGGCGAGGAGGGCUCCCGUCGCGGCCGGCCGCACUCACCGCUGGUGGGAGGUCUCAGCCGCGGGCUGCAGCUGCCGGGGCGACACGAGGGGAUGCGGGGCCCCGGAGCGGGCGCAUCAUAGCCCCGGAGCGGCCGCCAGUCCAGGCCCGCCCCGUCCGGGGGGAGCCUCCAGGCCGCUCCGCCGCCGCCAGGCCCCGCCCCGCCCCACGGCCCGGCCUGGCCCGGCUCCCCCCGCUCCGCGCCCCCGCCGCUCGCUGGACCCCGGUUCCCGUCGGCCCGCUCCGGCUCCCGCGGCGCUCCGGGCCCUCGGCUGCCUACGCCAGACUGAGCCAGCCGAGCCCCGAACUCGGCCCAGCCCCGGAACAGCCGAGCGCCGAGGCAUUGAACCAGGGUCACGUGACGGCUCGGCCCAGCGCCAUCACGGUUACCGAGGCGGAAGCGAGGCGCCGUCGCGGUCCCAUUGGCUACUGGGAAAUGGGCGGGCGGAAACCUCCCCGCUCCGAGACGCAAGCGGCUUUGGGCGAGGGCGCUGGGGCGGACCCUUGCGGGCUUCCGUCCCUUCCUGCCGCCGCGCUGGGCCUGACAGCGCGGCGCGGAGCCCAGAGCCCCGCCCCUCAGCCUGGCCGUGUUGCCAUGGGAACGUGGCCCCUGCGCGGCCCUCCGGCUCCCGCAGGCCCCGGAGCAAAGCCAGGGAACCGCGGCCGGAGCCCGGCUCUGGGCUGCGCUGCUCCCUCAGCUCAGCGCGCGGCUGUGGCGUGGGGCGGAGCCCGGGUUCCUGGUGUUUCCUCACCUCCCAUCGCUCCGGGCCCGCGAGAGGCGCCGCCACGGAAUACAAUGAAGGGAGAGAGAAAAGGGUCCUGAUUGUCAGGGUCUCCGGAUGGGCAUCACUUGGCAGGAAAUUCACUUAAAAGCCUGGCCAGGAUCAUGCUCAUGCCUUGAAGUUAACAGGGUUAGUUCUCACUCUUCUCAUUGUGAUUUCAGUGGGUUUUGAAUCUGGUUCUUAGGCCUUGAAUAUGCUAGAAAGAGUUUGCUGGUCUAAAUAUCACAGUAUAACUAUCCCCAUCUCCUUCUCUCUCUCCUCGUAGUGUACACCCAUUUUGUACUGACAAAAGAAUGCUUUUGCCAGUGUAGCUUAUUCUCUAUGUGACACUGGCAAACCAAGGGCCGGCUCUUGCCAAGGCUUUAGGCCUCAGCUGAGCACUGACAAAUUGCUUGUUGGACAGUCUGUUUCGCCUGUGGAUUAGCACAGGUAAGGUGGGUAUUGGAUUUAUAACAAUGUGUGUAGACUUUAUGAAAUGCUUGUAAGUGUCUGUAUGCAUUAAUCUCCCUUAAAUAUCUUUAUCACAUGCUGUAAGGUAAUAUUUAAGUUUUUGCUUUAUAACUGUAAAAAAUGUUUGUUCUGAAACUGUGAACCUGUCAGGAGGGACCACCUCCUGCUCAUCAAGAAGGCUACCAAAACCGAAUGAGCCACGGCGAGACAAGGAGCAUCAUGCUACAGUGCAGUGGUUGGGGUACUCAGUUAGGUUGUGGGCCAGUCUGGUUCAGUCCCUCUUCUGUUUGAUGAGAAGGGAUUUGAGCAGUGAUCGCCUGCCUCUCAAGUGGGUGUCCUAACUAUGGGGCUAUGAAUUAUUCUAAUGUGGGGCUGCCUUGGUCUUGCCUCCGGAAGCCGUUCCACUUUAAUUAACUAGUAACAGCCGAAGCAGAAGUCAAGUGUAAGAAGCCCUCAAUGAUAGAGGGGUUUGGGUACUAACCUGGGCUGUUGGAGGCUGUGGGUCAGUUCCUCCUGCUCUGAGGCAGGGAGUUGAGUGAUCUUUUUCUCUUGAAAUUGAUUUAAUUAACUAUUAACUGGGCCGAGCCUAGUCUGAGAAGCCCUGUAUGGUACAGGGGCUAGAGUACUCUACUGGGGGGGGUGGGAGAUCCUGGUUCAAUUCCUCCCUCUGCCUUGUGAGGAAAUACCCUUUCUCUUGAAGCUGUUCCACUUUAAUUAAACUAUGAAUUGGGCCAAAGGACAUCUCCCAAAAGAGCUGCCUUCUGUGGUGUAGUGGUUGGGGCUCUCGCAUGAAAUGUUAGAGACCCUGGUUCAAUCCUUGCUGUGGGCAAGGGGUUUACAACACAUAUCAGCUGCCUCGGGGGCUGUUUUAUUUAAAUAUUCCUUGAGCUACAUUAAAAAAGCGAAUCACUCUUUUGUCCCCUGCGGCUAGGCUACCCACCCGGGCAGUGGGAGACCCCGGGUCCAACCCCUCCUCUACAAGGGGUUGAACCAAGGCUCUCCCACCUCCCAGGGACCCUCCCGCCUCCCAGCCCAACUCCCACCCCCCACCUGGCCCCUCAGCCACCACCCCUCCCUCCUCCCAGGCCCACCCACCACGCCUAUGAAGUGAGCGAUCUCUGUUCAAACCCCCUUCUGUUUCCAGAAAGACAAGGGCCUCUGCAAGCGCAAGGGGACCUAAACAGGAACCUCCCACUUCCCUCCUGGGAGGCAGGUCAGCCUUCUCCAAAUCCUUUUGAAACAGCUAGAGGAAGGAUUAUGAACCAGCAUCUCCCACUGCCAAGGCAAGCAACCGAACCACUGGACUAUAGAGUGACCCUAGUUCAGGGAGUGGCCUGAUUCCUAGUUAAUUAAAGUGGACCAGCUUCAAGAGGCAAGAGCUGAAAUCCCUUCUCCUCAGAAAGCAGGAGUGGGAUUUGAACCAGGUUCUCCAACGUCCUAGGUGGGGCCCAAACCACCAGGCUAUUCAGGGCUUCAUAGUGGGGCGUUUUGAUUUGACCAUUUAAUAGUUAAUUAAAGUGGACAGGCAUCAAGAGGAGAAGCAAUUUCUACUCAACUCUCUUCUCAAUCCAAUAGGGAAAUUGAACCUGCAGCUCCAGCACCACAGGCUCAUACCUGAGCCACCAGGUUAUGCAGUGGGUGGUAUGGGUAAGGCUUGUUUUGGCCCAGUUAAUAGUUAAAUAAAGGGGACAAGUGUCAAGGCAACUUUUACUUACCUCUUUUCUCAAUCCAAGGUGGGGAACUGAACCAGCAUCUCCAGCACCCCAGGCUAGAAACUGAACCACCAGGCUAUACAGGGACCGUUAUGAAAAAGAUUUGAUUUGGCCUGAUUAAUAGUUAAUUAAAGUGAACCAGCAUCAAGAGGAAAGCAGCCUGCUGCUUAAAUCCUUUCUUCUCAUCAAGCACAGACAGGGAAUGGUGCUGCCGCCCCCACCAACCCAGACAGGCAUACUGACCAGCAGGCUACAUAGCACUGCUUACAGAACAACUUUGAUGUGGACCAUUUUAUAGUUCAUUAAACUAUUACACACUUCAAGAGAAAAAAGCAAUGCAGUGUCUACUCAGCUCCCUUUUCAGGGUAAGGGGGGGCCUCAACCUGCUCCUUUAGCACCCCAAGCCAGUACCUAAACCACCAGGCUAAGCACAGGGUGGUAUGGCUGAGUCUUGCUUUGCCUCAAUUAAAAGUUAAUUAAAGUGGAACAGCUUCAAGAGAAGAGAAGCUCCCUCUUCAAACCUAUUCUUAACAGGUUGAGAGAGGUGUUGGAGUAGGUUCUUGCACUUUUGAGGUCAGCAGCCAAACCAGCAGCCUAUCAAGCAAUUCUGAGCCUUUUACUGGCCCAAUUCAUAAUUCAUUAAAGUGGACCAGUUUCAAGAAGAUGGGCACUCCCUGUUGAAAGCCCUUCUCCUCAGCAAGAAGAGGUGGCACUUGAACCAGGGUGUCCAACUGCCCAGCAGUACUAUCCUAAUUACCAUUCUGUAGCAGGCUUCUUUUGCUUUGCUAUUACUUCACACAAUUCAUACAAUUAAAGUGGAACUGCUUCAAGAAGAGCAGCCCACACCAGACUACACUUUAGCUCAGCAUUAAGGCACUCACUUGAGAGAUGCCAGACCCCCUGUCAAGCAGAUGGGGAAAGUGACCCAUGGUCUCCCACAUCAGGACCCUAAUCACUGGGCUAGGGGGCAGACAACAGGAUUCAGCCGCCUUCCCCCAGCUGGUUUUGUAUGGUGUUGGGGUGUCUAUGGGUGUGAGAGAGGCACUGUGGAUCUCCCUUUCCUCUGUACACCUGUGUGUGUGUGUGUGUGGAAAGAAGAGCUCUAAACUGCUUCUCUGUUCACUUCUCUGGAUGCUCAGCUGCUGUGUUCAGCCAUCUUUUCCCCAUGCCACUUAAACCUGAAGUGGAGUCACAUAUACUGACAGCAUAAGGCCGAAUGUCCAUUCCCAGCUCCAUAGCCAUGCGAGGAAUGGGAAUGCAUCUCUUCUUUUGGCCGACCCCAAUUUUGAAAUCGAAUUCAUCUACCCCAAGAAUAGAGCAAUAUUUUGGGCACAUCAGUGCAACCUGAAUCCAAGCUCCACAUUAGCAUCCUGUUUGCUUUGCAUGAGCAACAUGCAAGAACAUGAGUGAAUCUGCUUGCUUGUGAUCUGCUUUGAAUUCUGGUAUUGCAAUAGGGGUGCCAGGCCCUACUCUCACUGCUCGUGCGAUGUUGUGAAACUCACCGGCAAGGUGACAAGUUCUGCUUACACAUCACGGUCCAGUCAUUGAGGAGACUGUUUGCAAUGUUAGAUUUAUUCUUUGGCUGUGAAUUCUUCAGAUUAAAUCCCACCCUUAUGCAGACAUACCCUAUCAUUUCAGUUACAUCCGCUGGCUCCAGUACCAACACACCGUAUCAAAGGCAAAGCCACUAGGCCAAAGUAUUGUGUCUUUGCGCCAGGCUCUGCCCAGUCUCUUCCCACACUGUUGCCUGGAGCUUAUUGGCAAAGGCUUAGGUCUGUGCCACACUAGAGACGGUAUCUUGGGCUAACUGUCAGUUGGGCUGUAAUUAUUUUACCCCUGGAGUUACACUGGGUUGAGCCCUAGUGUGGAUGCAAGUCUAUCAGGCCUAAGGUGUUGGCUAGCCACACAGCUUGUUUUGCUUCCCAAACCAGACUAAACGUUCAUACCGGUAUCGCUGCAGCCACACUGGGCUUGGGGGAAGAGCUUACGGAGCUGAGCGUUGCCUCGUUAACUGCACUGGCCUAGUUAAAGUGGCCCCACUUUCAAGUGUAGACAAGCGCUUAACUGAGCUGAUUUUCACCACGGUGCCCAUCACAUUAGGAAGCAGAAGUCUUGUGAUUUGUUUUCGGCGGGUGAUGGUUUGCAGCGGGGCAAUAACCCAAACAAUGGAAUUUUUUACAGCCCUUUUCCCCCCUGUGAAGAAGGAAAGUUUGGUGCAGUCUUAUCUGUGGUGUUGCUGCUCCCCACCAUGACAGUGCUGUGCCACACCAGAGUUGGGGGAUGAGCUAGCAGUGUGUGUUGUGGUCAAGGGUUCCUCACCUAGGGCCCUCCAAUAAGUAGAUGUUAAUAAGCAACGUACGCUAAAAUCCACCCAUAUAGGGAGUUUGGCUUGAAACCUGCGAUAGUAUAACAAGGAAACGGGUAGACUGUAGAGGCCACGGAGCUGGGGGGUGGCCACCCACGAUCAGCCACUUUUAACCAUGUGUUGGGGUUGCCACCUAGACCUGGCUGGGCUGGUUUUUCUGCUGCCUUGCUGGUUGCACUAUACCCCUUGUUAAACACUGGCACAUUGCAACUGGAAGCUGUGGGUGUGCACAGCAGCACUGGGGAGUCGUACAGCAAUCUCCCUACUCUGGCACACAGGCCACGUGGCCAGGAGCAUUGGCAGCAUGGCACCCGGGGCCCACUUUAAGUGCUGGGCCCUCAAGGUGCCAAAACUGCAGCAACUGCGGUUCCUGCUCCUCUUGGCACUAGGAUCUUGGCAUCAGGCUGACCGGGCCCAAGACUCAGCAGC